UAAAAGGGAAGGCAACCUUUCCUUUCUUGAACACACAACUAUGUCUCUCUCUCUCUUUAAAAUUACUUUCUCCAAUUAGUUUAGUGCCUUUUGGUAGCUGUGUGAGAUCAGUUCAGACCUAAAACACCACUCGGAGAAGAAAAUGUGAAAGUUAUGGGUUGAUGAUUUUUGGAGGGUGAAGAAUGGCGAGAGAGAAGAUCAAGAUCAAGAAGAUUGAAAACGUUACGGCCAGGCAAGUCACCUUCUCUAAGAGGAGGCGAGGUCUCUUUAAGAAAGCUGAAGAGCUUUCUGUUCUCUGUGACGCCGAGGUUGCUCUCAUCAUUUUCUCAGCUACUGGCAAGCUCUUUGAGUACUGCAGCGCCUCCAGCAUGAAGGACACAAUUUCAAUGUAUAAUCUGCACUCUAAUAACAUCGGAAAACUUGACCAGCCAUCGCUUGAACUACAGCUAGAAAAUAGCAACCACAUCAGAUUGAGUAAGGAAAUUGCUGAUAAGAGCCAUGAACUACGACAAAUGCAAGGAGAAGAUCUUAAAGGAUUGAAUAUAGAGGAAUUACAACAACUCGAAAACAUGCUUGAAUCAGGACUUGGGCGUGUUCUUGAAACAAAGAGUGAACUGAUUAUAAACGAGAUCUCUUCACUUGAAAGAAAGGGAGCACAACUGUUGGGGGAGAAUAGACGACUAAAACAGAAGGUGGCCAACUUGUAUGAGGGAAAAAGCCUCGUCCUAGCUGAUUCAGAAAUCGCAAUCCAGGAAGAAGGGUUGUCAUCAGAAUCUGCUACUAAUGCUUGCAGCUGCAGCGGCGGCCCGCCUAUAGAGGAUGACAGUUCUGAUACUUCUCUCAAAUUAGGGCUUCCCUUCUCUUGCUGAAUUGGAGAGGACGAAGUGGAUUUCUUCGUGUGUCGGAUAAAACAGCCCAGGCAUCGCCUAAGAGCUUGAAGGCUCGAUCUGCGAAGGGGUACUUGUUUUUGUCAGGGUGGAGGAGCAGCGUGAGUCUGCGGAACUGUUUCUUGAUGAGAUCCUGAUCAAGGUUUUAAAGGUAGAUUGAGGAAGGGUGUCUGGGUCCAUUAAAGGUUAAUUGAGGAAUUUCGAACAUUUUAGUCCUUAAGAGUUUUGUAGGUUUUAAAUUGAUGCCUUUACUUAAAUACCUUUAAAUUUAAAAUCUGGUUUAUGAAGCUAUAAAUGUAUUAUCUGAUAGGUGCUGAAGUAAAAAUGAUAGUUCUAGAACUUGAAGA